AUGUCUCACUCCUCACCUUGGCAGCAAGCAAAAUUGUUAGUAAAAUAUGUAUUUUAGGUAAAAAUUAUUCCCUUUCGUUAGCGAGCAAAGACAUUUUUAAAUAUUUUUUAUUUAAAACUAUAAUUAAUAAUUAUAAUAAUAAAUCUUAACUAGUAAGUAAUUAUAUUUACCUAUAGUCAGCUUGAGUUCUAAAACAUAAAUAGUCAAAUAUUUCAAAUUUUUAUUUUUGAAAACCCCAAAAACUAUUUUUUUCGUGUAUAAUUAUUAACCUCUCGGCUAAUAUAAAAAAUUUUUACUAUCAAAUCAUGAAACGGGAGUCAGUGGAAAAGGGGAAUGUGUGAUUGCUGUCAAGCAAUACCAGCGUGUUAUUUAGCUACCUUUUGUGGUAUCCCGUUUUUGCAGGGAAUUGCUCAUUUUGAAAUGAAUGGAGGCCGAGGAGGUGGAACAGCUUGUUUGCUAUCUACUCUUUUAGGUCCUUGUGGGGCUGCAAUAAACCGACAAGCGGUCAGAAAUAAAUAUGGAAUAUCUGGGAAUUGUUGCUUGGAGUGUCUUUUAUAUACUUGCGGAAUGGGGGUGUGCAUGGCGACACAGGAAUAUCAGGAAGUGUAUUUAAACACAUCAAACAUAGCAAAAUAA